AUGAUUGACAGCGGGGAGCCUGCUAUUGCUGGGCACUUCUACAAAAUUCCCAGGCUCUCCGGCCGCAUUGUGGGACUGUGGCCACAAAGGAUCAGGGGCAGUAGUGGUCGGCCUUGGCACGCUCAUCUGCUCUUCGUGUUCGCCUUCGCUGUAGUAAUGGUAGGUGCUGUGGGCGAAGUGACCUACGGCUGUGUCCAUCUGGACAACCUGGUGGUUGCUCUGGAGGCAUUCUGCCCAGGGACCACCAAAGCAAUGUGUGUUUUGAAGCUGUGGGUCUUCUUCCGCUCCAAUCGCCGGUGGGCGGAGCUGAUCCAACGCUUGAGAGUCAUGCUGUGGCAAUCGCGACGAGAGGAGGCACAGAGGAUGCUGGUCAAACUGGCCACUACGGCCAACAGACUUAGCCUAUUGCUGCUCAGCUCAGGCACCAUGACGAACACCGCCUUCAACCUGCAACCUUUGAUUAUGGGCCUGUAUCGCUGGUUCUUUGAGUUGCCGGGUCAAAUUGAACUGCCCUUUAACAUCAUACUGCCUGCCUUUGCCCUGCAGCCAGGACUUUUUCCGUUCACCUACGUCCUGCUGACCGCUUCCGGUGCCUGCACCGUUUUCGCCUUCAGUUUCGUGGAUGGAUUCUUCGUUUGCUCCUGCCUUUACAUUUGCGGAGUUUUCCGGGUUGUCCAGCAGGACAUUCGCAGGAUAUUUGCCGAUUUGCAUGGCGAUUCAGUGGAUGUUUUCACGGAGGCCAUGAACGCGGAAGUGAGGGACAGACUGGCCGGAGUUGUGGAGCGGCACAAUGCGAUUAUCGAUUUCUGCACGGACCUAACACGCCAGUUCACCGUUAUCGUUUUAAUGCAUUUCCUGUCCGCCGCUUUCGUCCUUUGCUCGACCAUCCUGGACAUCAUGUUGAACACGUCGUCACUGAGCGGCUUAACCUACAUCUGCUAUAUCAUCGCGGCCCUAACGCAGCUAUUCCUCUACUGCUUCGGUGGCAAUCACGUCAGCGAGAGUAGUGCUGCUGUGGCGGACGUGCUGUACGACAUUGAGUGGUACAAAUGCGAUGCGAGGACUAGGAAAGUGAUUUUAAUGAUAUUGCGGCGUUCGCAGCGGGCAAAAACAAUUGCGGUACCGUUUUUUACGCCCUCACUGCCAGCCUUCGGUUCUAUACUCAGCACAGCCGGCUCAUAUAUCACGCUACUGAAGACGUUUCUGUAAGCCUAUGCGGCGUAUGAUUGAUAUACCGGAUUGGAUUUUGUCCUUCAUUGUUUUGUUUAAAUUAAAACCGGCAACCGAAUGGACAUUAAA